GUAAUCCCCACCAUGUGAGGAGGCGGCCUCGGCCGGGAGGCGGGGUGUCGCUCCAUUCAAAUCCCCGGCCGCUCCUAUAUAUAAAGGAAAACACGGGGCGGCGGAGUAGAUGCGAGCUCACGCACCGGCUCAAGUUUCCUGGAAGCGGGUCGGCUUGGAAGACGCGGCGGCGGCGGCGGCAGCGAAGGCGGCGGCGAAAGCGAUGCAGCACUCGGUGGGCAUCCAAACUGUGAGGCUGAUCAAGAACAUCGCCGUGUGCCUCGUGCUGCUGCCCCGCUUCCUCGUGGCCGCGCUCGUGCUGUGGCUCCUCGAUUUCCUGUGCAUCCGGAGGAAGGUGCUGCUCAAGAUGCGGGAGCAGGACGGGGGUCCCGACGACCCCCCGGUGUGCGUCUCCGACUCCAACCGCAUGUUCAGCUGGGAGUCGCUCAAGGCCGUGUGGCACGGCCACAAGCUGGACUUCUUCAAGUCGGCGCACCUGGGAUACGCGGCGCCCAACACUGAAGUUGUGCGGAUCGCGGACCGCGCGCGCAGCUGCAUCCUGGACUUCGCUCGCGCGAAGCGGCCGCUCAUCCUCAACUUCGGCAGCUGCACCUGACCUCCGUUCAUGACGCGCCUUAAGGCGUUCCAGCGCCUCGUGGGCCAGUACACGGACAUCGCGGACUCCCUGCUCGUGUACAUCGAAGAGGCGCACCCGUCCGACGGCUGGGUGAGCUCGGACGCGCCCUACCAGAUCCCCAAGCACCGCUGCCUGGAGGACAGGCUGAAAGCGGCGCAGCUCAUGAAGCUCGAGGUGCCCGGCUGUCUCGUGGUGGCCGACAACAUGGACAACGCGUCCAACGCGGCGUACGGAGCCUAUUUCGACAGACUCUACAUCCUCCAUGAGGGCAAGGUGGUCUAUCAAGGCGGGAGGGGGCCCGAGGGAUACAAGAUCUCCGAGCUGAGGACCUGGCUCGACCGCUACAGGAACAGUGUGCGCAAUUCCAGAUCCGUGGUGAUCCACGUGUAGAAGAGGGUGCGAAGCGGGCGGCAAAAAGAGGCGCGCAGUUAACACUGGACGUGUGAGACACGAGGUGCGCAAAGCGCGUCCCGGAGCUGCUGUUUCCACGGCAAGAAGAAGCCGCGACAGCUCGCGUGUGCGCCGCGACUGGGAAGAGAAAGUAUUAAGUGACACAAGUCAUUUCGUUUCCAGUGUAGUGUAGAGUAGGGUAGUGUAGAGCAGUGUAGUGUAGUGUAAGGUAGGCUAGGGUAGGUGCCGGUGGCGUGAAGCGCACGACGAGCGCAGAAUGGUCUCUUCUGUCUCCGUUCCCGUCCUUCCUUCGCCUUCGUUCUUCAGUAACUCGUGACACCACUUAUGGACUGUACAUUUGUAAAUAUGCGUGUUCCACAUGUGUUCUGCCGUGUUCCCCCGAUCUGCCACUCUGCGUGUGUGCGUGCGUGUGUGCGUGCGUGUGUGCGCGGCCGAGAGCAUGACAAUUGAAUUGUCGUGUACUCCAGUGUAGUUGUGAAGUUCGGUUUUUAAAGGGUUCCCGACCAGAAAACUGAUACUGAUGUCGUCUGAUACUGGAGUACCCGAUAAUUAGCACCUUGUUAUAAGAUUAAGGAAAAAAAAGUAUUUUGUUUUGUAAAUUAUGCAUACUUUUUUAUUAAAGAG